AUGUCCUUGAAGAUUUUCCUGGAAGAUGGUUGCAUAUAUGCACCAAGGGGAUUAUCCUUAUUAGGAAAUACGGAGAUUCCAUUUGAAGAAAAUUGCUUAGAACUGAGCAGACUCUUUCCCAGGGUUUUCCAGCACCUGAGCAGGAAGAAUGGCUUUACCAGACUCUGUAACAGUAAAAAGUCACUAACGGAAGACAAAUGGAAUGCCUAUUGCUUGUCUUCACUGGCUGCCCAAAAUAUUUGUAUGAGCCGAUUCAGCAUCAUGUCCCAGACAGAGCAUUCUGAAUUGUCCAGCACCAUAUGCAGUUCCUACUCCUCCUUGCUGAAUAGCUCGCCUUCGGGGCCAUCCCUCCGCUCUCUGUCCUCAUCUCCGUAUGCCCCAAGUAAAGUCAUAUUCGUAGUGGAUUUGAAGACGAGGAAGAUCCUUGUUGUCAAUGACCAAGCUUGUGAGCUCCUCGGGUAUUGUGGUCAGGAGUUGAUUGGCCAGAGGCUGUCGCUGUUCUUUUCGAAAUCCAGCACUUCAGUAGUGGAGGCAUUACUUAACGAGUCUGGGGAGGCGGAUGAACAAAAUGUCGUCGCUUUUGGAACGGUGGUGGACCUCAUCUGUGCCAACAAGGAGAAGGUUCCUGUCUCCAUCUGGAUGAAGAAUCUGGAGCAUGACUGCUCCCCGUGCUGCGUUGUUUUGCUGGAGCCCGUGGAGAGAUUCACAGUUUGGGUCACUUUCCACAGUGAUGGCACGGUAAUAUCAUGCGACAAUCUUUUUGCUCAACUCUUCGGCUUCUCGUCCUUGGAAGAAGUGAUCGGGAAGGACAUCCUGGACCUGAUUCCUUCUCUGCAGAUGCCAUCCCCAGGCCAGCAGAUCAGAGAGGACCUUGGGAUUCAGAGACUAACAGGGAGAGCCAAGGACAGCAGCGCCUUCCCUCUGAGCUUAAAGCUGCGGAUGGACCUCCCUGACGACGAUGAGGAGGAGGGCCAGGAGGCCUCUUCACUGUUCACCUACUCAGCUUCCCUCUGGAUUUUUACCACCAUCAGUGGCUUAAUCACCCUUCUGCCUGAUGGGACCAUCUAUGGCAUCAACCACAACUUUGCUCUAACACUGUUUGGUUACGAAAAGGCAGAUGUGCUGGGGAAGAACAUCACAUUUCUGAUUCCUGAUUUCUACAACUAUAUGAACCUGGUAGAAAGUAGCUCUGUGCCAUUGCUCACCGCUGUUACCUCCUCGGAAAGAAGAAAUGAGAAUAAGGCUGAGAAGGGCAAGGAAGACAAAGAGUGGAAUCACGCAGACAGUGCCAAAGGUCUUGGAGUUAAUAUCUUGCAUUCUGCAAAUGAACUUCAGCAAAUCCUGGAGGACCAAGAAUUAUCAGAACCCUUGAGAGACCCCAGCAAGAUGGUGACCCUAGUUGAAAAUGAUGGGAACAGUUUGCCAGCUUCUUCUUUACCAGGCAUGGUUAAUGUCACUGCUGAGAGUCCACGUGCACAAGAGGAACAGCCCUCAUCUGUGGAAGCUUCUGAGGAGGAACCUGCAGAGAUGGGGAUGGUGCAAGGUCAAAAAAGCGUAACUGGCAUCUUAAAAAAGGAGUACCAUGGUCAACCGAAAAGAGACCCUAAAAACCAACAACGGAAUUCAGUGGUUAUAGUAGGAGAAUCCACUUCUCAACCAAGGGUCUUGGAAAAUGCCAGUGUAGUGGGUUCUUUCCCUGCUUCUGAUCCAAAAGAAAGUGGCUUGUCAGGGGACCCAGUUGUUACUGAAGUCACAGAUGAUGAUGUGAACUCCUCUGCUCCUGGCGGUAGAGAUCACUUCCCUGAUACUUUAGACUCCCAAAUGACACCUCCACCCAAUGUGGAGUCCCCAGAUAUGGAUGGGCAGAAGCUGGAUGCCUCAGAGGACAGCCAGGGAGGAUCAGCACCAGAGGACACUGUUUCAGCCCAUAGCCCUCCAAAAUAUAAUAAUGUGGAUCCCUCAGAAGACCCACUAGAAAAGCAAACACUGCCUGCUCGAGCAACCUCCACCCCUGUGAAAACGGGAAGGCAACCGAUGCCCAGACUUAGCCUCCCAUCGGAGAUCGUGGAAGGCACUUACACCGGGACCUGUAAUCACAGAGAUGGGGCUAAGCUCAGUAUACAGUUUGAACUAAAGCACGUGGAGCUAAGGGGACCUACAGAUUUGUUUUGCUGCUGGAUGGUGAAAGACUUCUUCCAGAACCAUCGCUCAAUAGGAAGGGCCCAGCAUCUGUUUUCCAGGUUGUAUUCCUCAUCUCAGUCCUUAUUUGAAGAGCCUCGGAUCAGCACAGGAGAAAUUAAAAAACUAAAAGACCAUUUGGAUGAAUCCUCCCGGGGUAAAGACUUAGAAGGACUGAGGGCUUAUGAUGGAGAAUAUUCAAAGCAUUAUGUCACCCUGAGGCCCAUCGGCAGCGGCGCCUUUGGCUCUGUUUGGAUUGCUAAGCCUAAGGAAGAUGACCAGGAGGUUGUGGUCAAGUUUAUCAGGAAGGAGAAGGUGUUGGAGGACUGUUGGGUGAUAGAUCCAGAACUGGGAAAAGUGACUCGAGAGAUUGCCAUUCUCUCACGGGUGCAGCAUCCCAACAUCAUCAAGAUGAUAGAUGUGUUUGAAAACGAAGGAUUUUUCCAGCUUGUGAUGGAGAAGCAUGGCUCUGGUAUGGAUCUCUUCACGUUCAUCGACAGCCACCCCAGUGUGGACGAGCCCCUGGCGAGCUACAUCUUCAGACAAGUGGUAUCAGCAAUAGUGUACCUCCGGUCCCAAAACAUCAUCCAUAGAGACAUUAAGGAUGAAAAUAUCAUCAUUGCAGAGGACUUCACAAUUAAGCUGGUGGAUUUUGGCUCAGCUGUUUAUAUGGAACCUGGCAAAUGCUUCUACACCUUCUGUGGCACUAUUGAGUACUGCUCCCCGGAAGUCCUCAUGGGACAUGCCUACCGAGGACCCGAAAUGGAGAUGUGGGCCCUCGGGGUGACUCUCUAUACUUUGAUGUUUGAAGAGAAUCCUUUCAGUGAGCUGGACGAGGCCCUGGAGGCUGAAAUACACCCUCCUUUUUCGGUCUCAGCUGACCUUUUGAACCUUUUCUGUGGGCUCCUGCAGCCCAAUCCAGAAGAGCGCAUGACCUUGGACAUGCUAAUACACCAUUCUUGGGUGGUCCAGCCUGUGAACUUAGCUAACUAUUCCUGGGAGGAAGUGUAUCACUCAGCCGCUGUACCAGAAAGUAGUGUUCAUUCACCCUAGAGGGGAGAGAGGAGACUGAAG